AUGGCGAUGGAGGCCUCUGGCCAGUGCUCCGUGAGCGAGAGAAUGAAGCUUAAAAGGCUCCUGCUCCGAUAUUAUCCACCAGGUAUCAUUCUGGAAUAUGAAAAAGGUGGAGAGUUAAAGACCAGAUCCAUAGACUUACUCGAUCUCAGUCCCAAUACAGAUGUAAGUGCCUUAGUAGAAGAGAUCCAGAAAGCAGAGCCUCUCAUCACAGCAUCACGAACAGAUCAGGUCAAACACCUAAUACUGAAAUUACAAGAUAAACUUGGACAACAGGGUGACCACAAAUUCUACCUUUUUAAGGUACUCAGAGCACACAUACUACCAUUGACUAAUGUCGCAUUUAACAAGUCAGGUUCAUGCUUUAUUACUGGUAGCUAUGAUAGAACAUGCAAACUCUGGGACACAUCAUCUGGGGAGGAGCUGCACACGCUGGAGGGUCACAGGAAUGUGGUAUAUGCCAUAGCGUUCAAUAAUCCUUAUGGUGACAAAAUUGCCACUGGAUCAUUUGAUAAGACCUGUAAACUAUGGAGUGCAGAAACUGGAAAAUGUUAUCAUACUUUUAGAGGCCAUACAGCAGAAAUAGUGUGUUUAUCAUUUAACCCUCAAAGUACAUUGGUAGCUACUGGAAGUAUGGAUACUACAGCCAAACUGUGGGACAUUCAGAAUGGAGAGGAAGUCGUCACUUUAAGUGGGCAUUCAGCUGAAAUUAUCUGCUUGUCAUUUAACACCACAGGAAACAGAAUUAUCACUGGUUCCUUUGAUCAUACAGUUUCUGUAUGGGAUGUUGAGACUGGAAGGAAGGUAUAUACUUUAAUAGGUCAUCGUGCAGAGAUCAGUAGUGCUUUGUUCAAUUGGGAUUGCUCUCUAAUUUUAACUGGAUCUAUGGACAAAACAUGCAUGCUCUGGGAUGUUUUGAAUGGGAAAUGUAUUGCAACUUUGACAGGUCAUGAUGAUGAAAUAUUAGAUAUCUGUUUUGAUUAUACAGGACAGCUUAUUGCAACUGCUUCAGCUGAUGGAACAGCAAGAGUUUUUAGUGCUGCUACAAGAAAAUGUAUUACCAAGUUAGAAGGUCAUGAAGGUGAAAUUUCAAAGAUUUCCUUCAAUCCUCAAGGGAAUCGUCUUCUGACAGGCAGCUCUGAUAAAACAGCUAGAAUAUGGGACUCUCAUACAGGACAGUGCCUCCAGAUUCUAGAGGGCCACACAGAUGAAAUCUUCUCUUGUGCUUUCAACUAUAAAGGCAAUAUAAUCAUUACAGGCAGCAAGGAUAAUACCUGUAGGAUAUGGCGCUGACUGGUGAAAUGUGUUUAAGAACAUAAGCUUCUCAAAACGCAAGCAAGGUUUUUCUGAUGCAUCAUUUACUUUCUCUUUUCAGUAUUUCUCUGAAGCAGGCUACUUACAUGUAUUGUACUUAGCUUGACAGGUAUGACUAAAAAGACUAAAUAAGUAGGCUUGGUAGCUGUGUGUAUGUUAUUGGAUGAGAAUUACUGAAAACAACAGACUAAUGGAAUGUUUUGACAUGGGUCACUACUUUCUUUUUCUUCUUUUUAAAAAUGGUUAUGAAUAGCAUCAUGUUACUGUUCAAUGAAAACUGGCUAAUGUAGCUGAGUCUCUUGAAGAUUCUGUUUUCA